AGCUCAGUGGGAUGAUGGAGGAUCUGUGACGAGAGGCUGCGACGUGUUUACAUAAAGUUUGAAGACGGACAGGUUCCAGCGAGCAGCCAUGAAGACCGUGUUUGUUACUGUCGGCACCACCAGCUUCGACGAGCUGAUAGAAACCAUCACGUCCUCAGAGAGCGUCCAGGCUUUAAAGGCUCGUGGAUAUGAGUGUUUGGUUCUUCAGGUUGGAAGAGGUUCUCUGCUUCCAGCUGCUGACAGCUGUCCUCACAUCAGACUGGAGGCUUUUCGUUUCAAAGACUCGAUAGCGGAGGACAUGAAGCGGGCUGACCUUGUCAUCAGCCACGCAGGGGCAGGAAGUUGUUUGGAGGCGCUUGGUGCAGGAAAACCUUUGCUCGUCGUCGUAAAUGACAAAUUGAUGAACAACCACCAACUGGAGCUGGCCCAGCAGCUGCAUUUGGACUCCCACCUGUUGUACUGCACAUGCAGCACGCUGACAGAAACGCUGACGACCAUGGAUCUCUCUGUUCUUCAGCCCUUCUUACCCGGGCGGACAAAAAACUUUGCAAACUUUCUAGACAAAGCUCUCGGUGUUCAGUGAAAUUUCAAAUUUUACAGUACCGGUUGUUUUUUUUGUAUAAUGACUUUCUGAAUAUCAUGUAGUUAAUUGUGACACUUAACUUAAGCAUAUUUUCUAUUUCUGAAUGUAAUAAAUAAUUAUUUCUAAUUUAAAA